CUCCGCCUCCGGGAGGCUCCGCGCGCUCGCUCGCGCCGCUGGCUGGGGAGACGAUUCAGGGCGCCGGAGCGACAGAAGGACGGAGGGACGGAGGCUCCGAGAGGCAGCGCCGUCCCCGCGCCUCGCUCCGCUGCGGGACCCGCGGGGCCAGGAGGUCGGAACUCGGUACUCCGGCUGCGGGAGGCGCCUCCAGUCGCGCUGCGAGUCGGAGGCGGCGGUGUCUACGCGGCGCGCGGGGUCUGUUCUCUUCCGAGCUUCGGCACCUGCCGGAGCUGCUCGUGCGUCCUCCGUCGGCCUGAUCGACUAUCUGUCUGCCCUCCCGCCUCCCCCGCUGCGUCCUCUGGCCUAGCCUCUCCGGGUCCCGGGUGCUCCCGGGGGCCAUGAGGAGCGUGGGGUCGGGGCGCAUGGGUCUGGGCACGCGGAGCGCGCGGCGCGGCGCUGGCCCAUGAGCCUUUCCAGCGUAGGGCGCGGCAGCGCUCGCGGGCCAUGGGGGGUAGCCUGCGGGUGGCCGUGCUGGGGGCCCCUGGCGUAGGCAAGACGGCCAUCAUCCGCCAGUUCCUGUUCGGUGACUACCCGGAGCGCCACCGACCCACGGACGGGCCACGCCUCUACCGGCCCGCGGUGCUGCUCGACGGCGCGGUCUACGACCUGAGCAUCCGCGACGGCGACGGCGCUCCCCCGAGUCAGAACCCUGGGGGUCCAGAGGAGUGGCUGGACCCCAAGGACUGGAGCUUGCAGGACACGGACGCCUUCGUGCUCGUCUACGACAUCUGCAGCCCGGACAGUUUUGACUACGUGAAGGCGCUACGGCAGCGCAUCUCAGAGACCAGGCCGGCGGGCGCACCUGAAGCGCCCAUCCUCGUGGUAGGCAACAAGCGGGACCGGCAGCGGCUGCGCUUCGGGCCUCGGCGCGCGCUGGCCGCCCUGGUGCGCAGGGGCUGGCGCUGCGGCUACCUCGAGUGUUCCGCCAAGUACAACUGGCACGUGCUGCGUCUCUUCCGCGAGCUGCUGCGUUGCGCUUUGGUGCGCGCGCGUCCCGCGCACCCGGCCUUGCGCCUGCAGGGGGCGCUGCAUCCGGCGCGCUGCAGCCUCAUGUGACCGAAUUGGACGACGCCGCCGCCUACGGUGGGGGGAGGGUCCCAGUUUGAUAAACAACCGGUUACCCGGAUUGGACGAAAUUGCCCAACUUCUCUCGGAUUGGACAAGACAAAGCCUCCUCCCGGAUUGGAUGGGGCAACCUCCCACCCAGUCUCUUGAGCGACAGGACUCUUCUUUGUGCUUCGUUGGACCCAACCAGGCCCCGGGCUACGUUGCGCAAGAUAAGUCCUUUCUGGGACCUCACUGGGUUACAAUCCCAUUGAAUGAAAGGGACUUGCUGUGAAUCUGAUUAGAAGCUCUCAGGUAGCUUCUGGGGCUUCGGUGGACAAUCUUAAGUCGCACCUCUCAGGAGGUAAUAAAGGGGGAAACAAUGCAAGCAUA